CAUUUGACCGCGACACCCCCUGCAGAAUGUGGCUGACGGAGGUUUUGGUUCCGCUGCUCCGGCUUUACCUUUGCGGCAUGAAAGUUCUCUGGUACCAGCUCUUCCACAAAUCCUUCACGAUGCCAGGUAUUCACUAACAGAAGUGGAUUUCUAACACAACCAGAAUUCAAAACCAAGAUCUGAGCCAAAACUCAAACCAAGAUCAAGAUCGAAACCAGGAUUUUAAAAAAAGACUUAAGAACUAGGAUUUCAACAUAAAUCAAGACUCAAGAAAGACCAAAGACCAGACCCGGCCCCAAACCCCAUCAGACUAUGACCUAAACCAAGACGUAAAAAAAAACUAGUAAGAACUCACCCAAAAAGAAAAAGACCAAGGUCCACACCAAGAUCUAAACCAGGGCUUAAAAAAUCAAAACCAGGACGAAGCUAACAUCAAUCAACUAACAUAAAUCAAGAAUCAAGACCAAGGUCCAAACCAGAAUCUAAACCAAGACUCAAAAACAGACCUUGCACCUAAACCCAAUCAUGGAGGGCAAGUCCGGACCCUCUGGCUCUGGGCUGAACCUCGUGGCUCAUCCUCGCGCCAAAAGCAAAGUUUGGAAAUACUUCGGAUUCGACACGGACGCCGACGGAUGCAUUUUACACUGGAAAAGGAUCUACUGCAGAGUUUGCAUGACGCAGAUCGCGUACUCUGGAAAUACGUCAAAUCUCGCGUAUCAUUUAGAGAAAAACCAUCCUGUCGAAUACGGGGAACUACUUAAAAGCAACACCGACCAAAUGCGUGAAGCUUUUGUCACCGCGUAUACGAAAAUCAAAACUGAGCCGCUAAUUCUCCAAGUCGCGCAGCCUUAUAACCAAAACAUGCAACAAAAUCUUUCCAACAAUUGCCGACAUAACGACUUAAGUUUGGCGAUUCUCAACUUUAUUUGCGAAGGUUUGUAUCCGGUUUCAAUCGUGGAAGAACCGACGUUUAAAUCGCUAAUGACGACCGUCGAUUCUAGCUUUAGUUUACCGAGCAAAUCCGACUUGGCGCUCAAAAUGGUGCCUCAGAUGUACUGCCGAAUUCGUAAUGAAGUUUUCUCCGAGCUUGCGAACAUCGUCUACUGCGGGAUCUCGACGGAUUUGUGGCAAAGUCUGACGCAAAACCGUACGUACAUUUCUUUAUCGAUCCACGCCGUAAACUGCAAUACCGGCGGUGGAUUUUCGAUGGUGAACAAAUGCCUCAAAACAUUCGAAGUGCAAGAAGACAACACCGCCGAGAAUAUCACGAGAGAAAUGUACGAAACUUUUGUCGAAUGGGGUAUAACGCACAAAGUCAGCGGCGCGACUACGAACGGUUCAGUGGAUAUCGUAAAGGCGUGCUCACUUUUAGAGAUGUCCGUCGAAAUGCCGUGUCUUGGUCAUACUUUAAACCGCGCAAUGGACGAAGCGUUUCAGCUACCGAGCGUCGAUACUUUUCUCGGAUGUUGCCGUAAACUAGUAGACCAUUUUAAAGAACCGGUUUUGUACACUUUGCGUGAAAAACAACAAAUGUACGGGCUACCUUUGGCGACGCUAGUUUCCGAUAAAGGCGGGACUUGGUUAGCGACGUUGGCGAUGCUGCAGAUGCUGAAAGAUCAACAAAUGGCGAUCAACGCGGUGAUUAUGCACGAGGAUAGCGGACAUCCGUUCAAUUUUACGCGCUCAAACUGGUCGCUUUUGGAAGGACUGAUUGACGUACUGCAACCGUUCAAAGUUGUCGCCAAUAUGUUUACGAUGUGCAAAUUUCCGACGAUCAGCAUGGUCAAACCGGUACUACACAUGCUACUAAACAACAACCUGAAAACCAAAGACGGAGAGUUGAAGGAAGUCCGUCUUAUUAAAGAAGUCGUCGCCAAAGUUUUGACCAAUACAUACUCGGAAAACUCGCAACAGGAAAUCGCGAUGUUUCUAAAUAUCGCCACGUUCCUUGACCCGAGGUACAAAAAGUUGCCGUUUUUGUCGAAUAAAGACCGGGCGAAAGUCGAGUCGAACCUGAUUGACGAAGCGAAAGUGAUUCUCGAGAAGCAAAACGCCUGCCUCGAAGAUUUCUCCUUCGAAACGGACGAACCGCCAAACAAAAAGCAAGCGACGUCAACGCAUGAUAACCCUUUGGCGGCGAUUUUUUGCCAAUCUGAGUCCGACCAAGGCCAAGAAGAGCUGAAUUCUCAAGUUUUGGAAGAAAUCGGUAACUACAAAUCGCAACGCGUGCUCGGUUUAAACGAAGAUCCUUUACUGUGGUGGUCGAGUCACGCGACGCUGUUCCCGACUCUGCCCAAGUUACUGCAGAAGUACUGGUGCGUUCCUGCCACUAGCGCCCCCUGCCAUAGACUCUUCAGCUCCUCCGGUACGGUUCUGUGCGGUAAAAGAAAUCGCAUCAACCCGUCGUUGGUCAAUCAGCAAGUUUUCCUCUACGAAAACUCAAGAGGGUACUACGAACCCGAGCCGUGCGAGGAGGAUUUGGACGUCUGGGAGGCCAAUUCUUCUCUGGGACAACCGCUGUAAUAAAAAAUAAAAUAAAUAUAAACCAAUAAAAACCAUGUAUGUUCAAUCGCAUAAACUUUUCGUAAUACGGACGCCAUUUUGAGGACUUCUGACCAUUCAAUUGAUGGAAUAUUGUUGUUCUGAGAUGUGAAUUUGAGAUGUUAUGGCAACUGUCUCGAUUUUUUUAUUCGUUCUGAAAUCCCUAGAUAUUGGACAUUUCGAAAUCUGAUGUCGACAAAAAGGUUUUAAAACAUCCCUAUUUAACAAAGUUUAAUUAUUUGAGCUUUUAAUCAGACGUUUUUACAAUUCAAAAAUAAAACAUGAUUUUUUUUUUUUAGUUGGUUAAAUUAGAGAUGUAACGAUAUCCAAAUCUCUCGGUUCGAUAUUAUCGCGAUAUGCAUCUCACCGUACGAUAUUUAUUGCAAUAUUUUGGAGAUUUAAUUGUAGAUAGGAUGCUUUUUUUGCAUUUUAAAUACCCUGAGAAGAAUUUGGUGUGAAUUAUUCCCGUCAUAAUCGCAAGAAUUCGGGUAAAAACAUAUUUCUUCAUGUUUGCGCUGAAAUGCAUCAUGGGAUAUGUAGUUCCCGAUGUUUAUAAGCUAUUGCUACUGUUAAAAAAAUGCAUUUAUGAGAUGUUUGAUGAUACGAUAUCGCGAUAUUUCUGUUAUUGUUACAUCACUAUUGUCCAUAUCUUUAUAUAUAAUUAUUACGUCGCCAUUUUGACUGUAUAUUCUCAGCCGUUUUAAAACUUUUAACAUAUUUUAUUUUGACUUUUUAAAAGCAAAAACGUGAAAAUAAUUACCAAGAAUGUGCCCCAGUGGAUCUUUCUGUUUUACGCACCUUAAAGACUUUUAUAUUUGAGCUUUGAUAUCUUUGUUUUUUUGUUCGUGUUUUUUGCAAAUCUCAUGUUUUUGUUGCCUAGUGACACGUCUGCCAAUAACACUACUGUUCUCAUAAAGCUGUCGGAAAGACCGUUAUGUAAUUAUUUAUAUAAGGUAUCUGUAAAAACAAUCUCCCAAAAUGUUUGACUUGAAUGUACGAAUUUCUUUUCAAAACGUGUAAAGGUGAUUUGAUUUAGUUAUUGUGCAUUUGAACGCCGUUUAUCUCACCUGUUAAUCCUCACCUUCUGUGCUCUGUAAACAAAAAUUUGGGAGUAAAGACUGAAUGAAUG